CCCCCCGCGCGCCCGAGUCUGGGGCCGCAGUGGCGGCCCGCGCGUACGUGAGCGGCCCGGAGUUAUGUGCGACCCCAGUCAGGGGGUGUUUGUGAUCCCCGCGGAAGAUGUGUGCCUCCCUUGGGGUAUUUGUGACUAAUGGCGGGUAUGUGAGCCCCACAGGUACCAGUGACCCCACUGAGGAGGUAUUUGUGAUCCUGAUGGGGUGUCUGCUCCUUUGGGGGCAAAUGUCAUGCAUGGGUGGGGGUAUCUGUCAUCUGUGAGGGGGAUAACUUCCCAUCCCCUCAGGGCAUCCCCGGGGCGUGUCUGCCCCCCCAUCACCUGUGACCUUGAAAGUAUCUGUCCCUUACAGGGUAUCUUCCCUCCCUGUUCCCCCGCCCCGAGGCAUGUCUCACUCUGGAGCGUUUCUGUCCCUCCCGAGCCACAGGUGACAGCUCUCCCGCAGGGUAUCUGCUCCCCGCUCCAUGGGGCAUCUGCGAUCCCCUGGAGUACCUGCAAUUCAAUGAGGAGUUCUUGCCUAUACGCUGUGGCCAUCUGUGACCCCGCGGGGGGUACCUGUCCCUGCCAGCAGCAUCUCUUACCCACUGUGGUGUUCCCCCCCAGUCACUCACAGGGACCCUGUGGUGUUGGGGGGCCAGGUACUGCCCCUUGUGCUGGUGUCAGCGAGUCAGGCCACCUCCCACAGGAGGGAAAGAAAAACAGCCGUAAGCGGAUUUUGGCUGAUGCUGGCCCCAGCCUGGCGCCAGGAAGAUGAAUCCCAGCUGCAUGUGGGGCUGAUGAGGACCAGGAUGGGCACGAGUGUCAAUCCAGAACACAGUGGGGUGCCAGGGCGGGGUGCACUGUCUCCUCCGCGCCCUCAGUGCUGCCCAAUCCGCUGCAUUCCCGCGUCCCGUGAUCAGUGGCCACGGGUUGUGCUGCACCACGACCUUUGAGAUGAGCUGUGCUCGUCCCACGGCACCUGGAGCCCAGCUGCCCCCCAGGUAAGAGCCCCGGGCCCCUGGCACCCCCAGGUAAGAUCCCUGACCCUGUUGUCGGUGGUCGUGGCAGUGACCAUGUGCUGCUGUGCUUCCACAUGCACAGUGGGGGACUUUGUCCCUGCUGUCACUGCGUCUCUCAGUGCUGCUGUCCUGACCUGCUGUCGCCCUGGCAGAGCGAUGGCAGCGGUGUUGGCUCUGCUGGUGGCCUGGCCAGCUGCUGCCACAGCAGUGAGGGUGACACAGGACUCGCUGCUCAAUGUCUGCAUGGAUGCCAAGCACCAUAAAACAGAGCCUGGCCCUGAGGGGCAGCUCUACGGACAGUGUGUCCUCUGGAAGGACAAUGCCUGUUGCACUGCCAACACCAGUUUGGAAGCUCACCGGGACCAGUCCUACCUGUACAACUUCAACUGGGACCACUGUGGGGCCAUGCCAGAGAAGUGCAAGCGCCACUUCAUCCAGGACACGUGUCUCUAUGAGUGUUCCCCUAACCUGGGGCCAUGGAUCGACCAGGCAGACACCAGCUGGCGGAAGGAGCGGAUCCAGGAUGUGCCACUGUGCCAAGAGGACUGUGAGCAGUGGUGGGAAGAUUGCCAGGAUGCUGUCACCUGCAAGGUCAAUUGGCACAAGGGCUGGAACUGGACUACAGGCACCAACCAGUGUCCCAAGGGUGCCAUGUGCCAGAAGUUCAAGUUUGUGUUCCCCACGGCGGCUGCACUCUGCGAGCAGGUCUGGUCUGGCUCCUACCGCUACACAUCCCACCACCGUGGCAGCGGUCACUGCAUCCAGAUGUGGUUCGAUCCCAUGCAGGGGAACCCCAAUGUUGCCGUCGCCCAGUAUUAUGCCCAUGGCGAUGCUCCCCCAAACUCCCUGCUCUCUAUCCUGCUGUCCCUGCUGCCCCUCACCCUACUGGCCCUGCUCUGAGCAGGAGCAGGCAGCAGAUGGUUGGGGGGGUCCACAGGCUGCCUUGUGCCUCCUCAUGGGAUGUCCCCAAGCUGUGUCCCCACUCGAGGCGUGUGGGUCAUGAAUAAAUGCUCCUGCCCUG